UAUCUCUUGCAUAAUUCAAACGCCAAUCAACGAGUUCGGCUCUCGCCUCGUCUAAUUUAACGGAAAGUGCAAUCAAAUUUUAAAACUCCUCUGCUCCUUGAGGCAAGAUGCCUUUUAUUGGUGAACCCAUUGUGUUUCGACACGACUGAAAAUAUGUCUGCAUCUAAUCUAGGCAUAUUUGACAUGUCACGCAAUCAACAGCAAUGGCGUUGAAGAAACUAACCAUUGUCCUAGUUUUACUCUUUUGCCGAUUUACGCUUUUUUCCUUCAUCGCAGUUUUAUUUUGGAUUCUUCAAGGUAUGCCAAACCUCAACAUUUGUUUACUGAUGAUAUUCCUGUCUUACAUCAUUCCUCUACCGCCAGUUUCUCCCUUCAUCCAUACAAUUGAUCGCGCUUUCUCACAUGUCUCCUUCGUUGUGAGAGCUUACUCUCUGGUGGUUGUGGCAGUUCAAAUGAUUUUCAUCGGACUGCCUUGCUAUCUUCUGUUCUCUCUAUUUUAUGAACCCUUGGAGAUCUCAUUGCGUUACGUCGUCAACCAUUUAAGAUUCACCAUUCCUCAUCUGGUAUUCAGAACGAGUACGAUGAUGUUUGAACGAACCUUACCGUGUCUUAGCACGUUAUACGGUCUGUUAAGGUCUAGUUUUUUUUCCUUUUCAAGCCUGUUGAUGAAGUGCUCGAUGUGGAUGGCUGCAGCUCUAUUCUCCAUAGCCUCUCGUUUGGUUUGCAAAGUGAUUCAUGUAAAGGUUGUUAGUUCAUUGCUUGUGACCAUUGGAAUACUGAUUUGUCUUCCUGGAUUAGAACUAAUUCCCAAUCUACUUGCAACCGGACAUUUAUAUCCUGGGUCUCUAAUAAGGUUCCAACGUUGUGCAAAAUACGAUGACAGCACCGUUUGCCAUUCUGCUUUCUUAGAGUUUUCAUACAGCGUGUGCAACUUAAUACGUAAUGGGAUCUUUAUAACUAUGUGUUGGACUGUUAACUGUAGUUCUUGGAAAAAACCAUUAAGGGAAUUGACAAUCAUCGUAGAGAGCUGCCCGACACUGAGAAACAAGUCUUAUUUCCAACUCUUACUUUGCGCAGCUGGGCUGCCCCUAUUAAUGAACGGACACUGCUUUGCUCAAACAAUUCACAAUACAGCAUCAAUUGGAAAUCUUUUGUUGUUUCUGGUCGCACUGAACGCUUAUCACACCCGUACUGCUUCAAUGAUGUAUCACGCGUUAUGUGGUGUGGUUAUGAACGUCCAGAGCACGCUGGUGGCUGUGUACAACAUAUCUAGGAACUUACAAACUCAACCCAAUGACUCCAUUGCGACGUUGCUGUACAUUUUGGAAUUGUACUUGAUGCUGCUCGUCCUCUUAGACAGCAGUACUCGGGUGAUAAAAAAAGUUAUAAACCCAAAACUGGAUAUUAUGUCACUGGAAAGUUAAUGAAACUUGUGAAAUGACAUUCUCGCACAAACUUCUUUCGAUAGUCUACCCUACAUGAAAUCUCCUUCGCACCUGUCGUUACAGUUGUCACGCAACUCUUUGUUGGGCUACAGUGCGACGAGAACGAGACACAAUACUGACAACAGCUGAAAAGACUUAUCCAUGACAAUCAACUGAAAACGGUUUUCAAGAAAAUAAAUAAAUUGAAUUUUAUUUUUUUCCUUAGAGGGUUUGAGCUGAAUAACAGGACUGCUCUACAUACCUUCAGAUUUCUUCUCCUACACUUACUCCGGCUUUUUUAAAGUCACGUAACUGUCUUCCACAACAUUAAAGAGGAUACUAGCCUACAUGGGUGAAUGUCGAAGCGUGGCGAAUAUUAUAAUAAUAAGGGAUAAGUUGAUCCUCUCUUGGCGAUGAUAGAAACUGCGUAUACUUCUUACGAUUUCAUUUUGACCGUGAUGAAUUUCUCUUCAGAAAGCAGUAGUGAGGUUUCGGCCAAUUUUUGUUCCCCUCAUUCACUAAAUGAGAGAAACAGGC